AUGGAAUCGAGUGGCAAAGGAGUUGUGGUCUUUGGUGAAAAUGGUGGUUUUUGGCUGAUACACAGUGUACCAAAGUUCCCGCGCAACGAUACUUAUGAAUAUCCUGCUACGGGACAUCAUUAUGGACAAAUGGGACUGUGCAUCUCAAUGGCUUACUCGGAACUCAAGAAAAUUGGUAAAUUUUUUGAUCAUCUAUAG